CAUCAAAAAUAUCUUAAUUUGUGUUCUGAAGAUGAACGAAGGUCUUACGGGUGUGGAACAGCAUGAACUGCUCUUGUGUUUACAAUGAAAGUCAAUGGAGUCCAUAAUUUUAAAGGGUUAGUGAAUAAGAACUCCGUUCAUAAAGCCUCGUGUGGCUUUGUUAGACUAGGAUAGAGUUCACGACUGUGGGAUUUGGUCCCAAUCCACUCGUUCUCAGGAAAAGCCUGAACCCCUCAGAGCUUCUGGGAUCCACUGAAGGAAGUCAAGCAGGUUUGAAAUGACGACAAUGAUGGGAAAAAUGAACUGCUCUUCUAUAGAAAAUGCUGCAUUUUCAGUAUUUACUCUAAAAUAAAUUGAAUUUGCUGUUUAAAUACAUAAAAAAGGUAAACGUGUGUGCGAUUGGUUUAGUAGUCACAUCAGGAUAAAAAAAAUACCCUUUUUAUUUUUAUGUCAUUGAGGAAAUAUUUAACUUAUGAUGACAUGUGGAAUAAAUAGUUUAAUUUUUCCUUGUAAAUGUAAUUGAGCAAAAGUACAAGUAUUCAGUUUUAAAUGGACUAAAAAAUAAUAUUUAACCCGUCAAUUUGACCCAAAUUUAGUUUUUUCCAGAAAAUUCUAGUUAAUGUUCUCACAUUGGACUAAAAUGUGCAGACUUUCACACACAGUGUAACAACUUCCCAAAAUAAUUCUGGGUCAAAAAUGACCCGCCUACAAAAAAAUAGCUUAUAAAUCUCUUGUUAUGCUGUCAAAUAUUGGAUUCAAUCUUUUUAUCAACUUGUUUUCUUUCAAGCAGCACAGAUUUUAGGUUUGUCUUUGGAUCUGAUUGAUCUGAGCUCACGCUCCUCAGUUUAGGAUGUCUCUGGUGGAUUUGGGAAAGAAGCUCCUGGAAGCUGCUCGUGCCGGUCAAGAUGACGAGGUCCGGAUACUGAUGGCGAAUGGAGCUCCGUUCACCACGGACUGGCUGGGCACGUCUCCGCUGCACCUGUCGGCUCAGUUCGGACAUUACUCCACCACCGAGGUCCUGCUGCGCGCCGGAGUGAGCCGUGACGCCCGCACCAAAGUGGACCGGACGCCGCUGCACAUGGCCGCGUCAGAGGGUCACGCGCGCAUCGUGGAGCUGCUGCUGAAGCACGGCGCCGACGUGAACGCCAAGGACAUGCUGAAGAUGAGCGCGCUGCACUGGGCCGUGGAGCACAGCCACCGAGACGUGGUGGAGCUGCUGCUGCGCUUCGGCGCCGACGUUCACGCGCAGAGCAAAUUCUGCAAAAACGCGCUGGACAUCGCGCUGGACAACGGCAGCCACGAGCUGGCCGAAAUCCUGCAGGUGGCGAUGCAGAACCAGAUCAACACAAACCCCGAGAGUCCCGACACGCUGACCAUCCACACGGCCGCGCCGCAGUUCAUCAUCGGGCCGGGAGGAGUGGUGAACCUCGCCGGACUCGUCUCGCCGGGAAACGGCAGCAAAUCCGCAGACGAGCUCAUCACUGCAGACACGGUGGACGGGGCCAUCCAGCAGGUUGUGAGCUCUGGAGGUCAACAGGUCAUCACCAUAGUAACAGACGGCAUUCAGCUGGGCAACCUGCAGACGGGCACAGGCAUCAGCCAGCCCAUAAUAGUCACCAUGCCUGACGGGCAGCAGGUGCUGACGGUGUCGGACACAGAGGUCGCAGAGGAAACGGUGAUCAGCGACGAGCCGUCCGUCAAACGGCAGCGCGUGAAGGAAGAAGACGACGAUCAGAUGAUAGAAACACAAGACAUACAGAUCCAGCAAACACUCUCGCUGGACGACUUUCAGGAGAAAGUGGCUCUUCUGAAGCAGCUGGAGGAGGCCAAUCGUGAGGCGCAGAAGUACAGACAGCAGUUCCUGAAGAAGGAGCAGGAGGCCGAAGCGUACCGACAGAAGCUGGAGGCCAUCACACGGCAGAGCGCCAAGAAAGCCGCGUGAAACUCGCACUGGACACACUGUCAUGUGCUUCUGUGACUGGAUCAUGUCGUUCAUUAGGGGUCGAGGCUGAAGCUGCUGAAUCCAUUAGUGUUCUUCUUCUUCCUCCUCUCUUGAGUCUGUGGCAGCUCAUAGAACCUCUUUGGGAAAAUUAUGAAAUUUGGCACACGGAUAGAGGACAGUCUCAUCAUUAAUCACAGCAAUUUUGGAGUCUCCAGCUCGAUCCCUCUAGCGCCACCAACUGUCCCAAGUUACACUCAUGUUUAUGUUAUUAACUCUUAAACUGUAAGGAGUAGAAACAAAAUUCGUGGCUCAAGAUGAUUCUUUCACGUCAUUUUCGUCACGAAAAUUUAGAAAGUUUAUACUUUUUUCGAACUCGUCCUAGACGGUUCGUCCGAUUUUCACCAAAAUUGGCUCAUCUUCAGUCCAUGCUGGCAAAAAGCGAUUAAAAAUAGAUGCAGUGCCGAGACGUGGUCGUCAUCACAAGCAUAAACUGAGGGAACUUGCAGUGUUUUGCUCAGCGCCACCUACUGGUCAGGAGAAAUUAAAAAUGGCUGUUUUUGGUUAUAACUUCAGAACGGUUUGCCCAACAAUCAUAAAGUCUCUUUUAAUCCAGUGCAGCAUAUCGAGUCGAACGAUACCCAGCUUUCGCAUGACAACUAAUUUGUUUUUGAAUUUGGUCGUAAAAUGAUGUAAUUUAUGCAUGCAUUAGCAUAUCGUUACGAAACUCAGUGUGUCAUCAGGACCAUGCCCUGAAGAUAGCGCCACCUAGUGUUCAAAAAAUUAUAAUAGAAUUUCAAAAAAUGCUAAUAGCUAUUGAUUAAUUUUGCCUAUUUUAAUGAAACUGAUAUUUGAGUCAUGCCGAGAACAAUGAGACCAAAUAUGCCAUAUUCUGUCAAAACUGCUGUCCAACAUUUUGAAUUUCUUUGAAAACUCCUCCUAGAGCAUUGGUCCGACUUUCAUCAAAAUUGGCUCAGAUCAUCUAUAAAUGAUUCCAGCAAAAACAUAAUAAAAGCUUUAUUAUUGACUAAACCGUCGAAUAACGCCUCGGUGAAACUGUUAGCGUGAUGCCGAGCUGAUGUAACUGCAACGCUUUGGCAUAUUGACAUCAGACUUUAUGUGUGUUAUUGUGUCCUCACACUGACCACACCACAUCAGUGUGCUCACAGCGCCACCUAUUGGUCAAAAGUGAUAAGCAUUUUGAAAGUUAUCGUAUUUGUGAUUUUUCAGUCCCUCAUUGUCGCAGUUGGUCUGAUGUUCCCAGCCAUGCUUGCGUGACUCGUCGUUCCUUUUUGUGCUUGACCCCUUGAUUCCCGCCCGCAGCUAUAUUUCACUUAGUUUCAGAUCUCGUCAAAAGCUUAAAGUGUCUGUGGUGCUCCUGCGGCUGACGCGGGUUCGAUUCUGACCCAUAUCCCUCCACUGGCCUUUGAAUAAACAGGCAAAAGCCCCUCAAAACCGCGAACGAGGAACGUUUAAUGCGUCAUAAUGUGAAGAUGUUUCAUCUGCAGGUGUCGUCUGAUCCAGUGUUUCAUCAUCAGACUCCGUAAGAAUCACCAUCAUGAAUCAAACGCUCUUCUCUCCUGUUUAUAGUUUCCUCCCGUCUGUAAUUUGUGAUGCAUUUUUAAGUAUUUGUCAUAAAGAUUCUUAUUUUUAAAAGACAGAAUGAUGGUUUUGUUUCUUUGAGGAGGAUCUGAGCGUCUCUCCAGCACAGUAGAUUAUAACACACCUAAAACUGACUUUUGUUAUGUAAAAAUGUUGAAUAAAUGCACAAUAAAAGGUUUCACCGUUUGGACCAGCUGA